ACUUUGAUGUAUCAUGUUUGGGUGUUAUCGGUUUCGAUGUAACUAAGCCGCGUCAAGGUCAACCUCGGAUUCCAGCGAUCUGCAGGUUGCUCUCCCCAGCUGGGGAGCAUCCGUCCUUGGCGAUGGGCAAGGUGUACUGCUUCGUGUGCCAAAAACGAUGCAGAGGAAACAUCCUGAAAGUAGAACAGCGGUUCGUGCACCACAAGUGCUUUCAGUGUACAAAAUGUAAGAAAGAUCUACAACAAGGCGGAUUCUUUAUACGUGAUCAGCGCCUAUACUGUCCAGAGGAUUACCAAUCCGAUUUCGGUGUCAAAUGCGCCGCUUGCCAGAAUUACGUUGAGGGCGAAGUGGUAACAGUUUUGGACAAGGUUUUUCACACCAAAUGUUUCCGAUGUUCCGCGUGCCGCCACUUAUUUUCGUCGGGAGAACGGACAACCAUUUUUGAUGAGGCUUACUACUGCGUUGAUUGCGCGGACCGGCUUGCGGACGGUGUGCAGAAAAACCAUUCGGGUGCUGAAACCUCACCAACUGGGGGUUCCCCUUUCAAGGCUCGUGCAACUCCAGAUGGGCAUGGAGGUCUCGAUUUGAACCCCGUCCCUGUCUGGACUCAGAAAGCGCCUACAGCAAUGCUGUCCACUCUUCCAACCCAUCCUCAUUUACAACCGGCCUCGACCACAAGUGGAUUGACAAACGGACUGCGUGAUCCUUAUCCGUUUGUUGACGGUCAGCUAACCGUGCAGAUACAUCAAAACGGUUAUUCAAGCUGUGAUGCGGACGGACGCAAGAUUGGACUGUCCCCCGUCCACAUCGAUACCCCGGGUGAGCGGAGCACCACGGAUCCUCUGUCCACGCAUACUCCGGGACAAACCUACUCGGGUGGUUGUUUCACCAUAUCGGGUAGUGAGCAGCGCCGUGUGUGUCCGCCCGGUGUAGACUAUGGUCGCCACUACCCUGUCAGCUAUUUGCAGCUCGCUGAGCGUGGCCUGACCGCCAUCAUGAGCGUGGAAGAGAUCCCACUGCAAUCUGAACGCGAGCACGCCUUACGCACUCGAUCCCUGAUGCGCACAGAUUUUCACACUCCAGUCUUUCAUCGCCUAUCCCGUCGGGAUGUAGCGUCAUCAUCUGGCACUCGUUUCACUUCACCAUCAAACGGCGGACUACACACGGACUAUAAAGAUUCGGUGGAUUCUUCCGCUAAGGAGAAGUUUCACACACUCACUUCUACGGCCUCCCGUGGUUACAGUAUUACGGGUUCUCGCACUGCUACUGCUUCCCUUUGUGCGCGCCCCAGGCGAGAUUUGUAUGUUCGAUGUCGUGAACUUUCCCCCGGUUCCGCUUCCUUGAGCUCCGGCGCGUUCGGAUAUCGCACACAUCUCGAUGGAACCGGAUCAUCGGUUCUACCGCCUGACACCCAUUGGACUCGAGAUCGAAUUUCGCCCGGUUCCACCCCGAAUGUCCGCGGCAAAAGAGGAAUGGCCAUUCUGGCUGAAUCUUUGAUCCAACCACGCCCUCGUCGUGAUCGCUCGCUCAGUCCGGAUUCCGCUGCUGUGUACUGGGCUGAGGCACGUCGUCUGGCAUCCUACCCAAAUGCACGAAUUCCCGAUUCCACAAGUUUGCCAGCGAUUGAGCGAUUCGAUUUUCCUGCUCCCCCAUCUCCCGCUGUUGUCAUGAUGGAGAAACGCCGAGAGAAGCGCAUGGCCGAUCAGCUCUCCAGUGCAAAUGUUGUGAACGGUGACGCCUCCUUCAAAUCGUCCAAGACGGAGACAGGUGAUUUCACCGAUUCUGGGGCCUCACAUGUGCCCAGCAAACUGCACCAGAUUGACAUGGAGAUUGAAACACUGAAACGUCUUGGCGAGAGCUCUGGGAUCACAGCGGCUCUAAUUCAGGAGCUAGAAGCCAGUAAACUCCUACACGCACGUUCGCCGGACCUAGAUCCCGUUUCAGCAUCGCGUUCCCCGAGCGCAAACACCGAGCCCGGGUACAAAACGCGUUACGAGCAACACAUGCAUGCGUCUCCUUCGAGGGAUACUCGACGGGAUCGGCGCACGGCGCACACUCUUUCAUACCGCAUGGACUAUUCAGUCACCGGUGGCCGCUCGGGCACCAUUCCCAGUUUUACGUCGAUCCCCCGGCCUGGUUACACAAUGGGCACAUUACACAGCAGAGCGAUAAGCCUUCCACGACCAUUGGCCGUCGACGCAGCAGGCGACACGUUUCGUGGGACUCAUGCAAAUGGCGCAUUCUCCACUUCGCUUUUACGUGGAUCUCGUUCCAUGCAAUCAGGGCCACAAGCGCAAACUGAACCUCCUACCGGACUCUCGACGUGUGCGAGCAGUACAAUGGGCGACGGGGAUCACACAAUAACCAGAGACCAUUCACUGCAAACCUUUGGUGUGUUCGACUCGAACGUAACCGGAGCAGAAGGCGUCGGUUCACUUGCUACUUCGGCUAUGUCCAUGGAUGGACUAACUUUGUGUUCGGGAGCCGAUGAUGGCACUAUGGUGCCCAGUGGGAAUGCGUACGUGCUUAAAUCUGGCACGGUGCCUGGUCUUCCUCAUUCAGUGACUGGGCUGCGUCCUGUGCGUGCAUUGUUAAAGAAUCGAUCGCUUCAUGGGUCAUCACACGGACGUACUCGGCCGUCCGUGCGACGUGGAAGCGGUCAGCUUAUCAGUGAUUCGGAACUCACUGAUUUAGAUGCGUAUCCAUCGGUGCAAAGUUGGCUGCGGCAUGUCGCACCCCACAAGCCCCCACUGCAAAAGUUUUAUCGUUACGAUCAAUUGAAAGUGUCAGCCGGACGCAUCCCGAAGGGACUGGAACGUACGCGCCUCGAGCCACACACCAUUGGUGAAUGAUAGACACAGAAGGGACAUGGUCAUUUGUGAUUGAUGAGUGGCCAAGCUGUAUCGAUCUUCCACUGCUAACACGACGUAUCUGGAACCAACUGAGUUCGAGUCCAUUUUCGGUAUGUCCUCGGCUGCUUUCCAACGAUUACCAGAAUGGAAGCGCAAUGAUUUGAAAAAGAAUGUGGAUCUCAUCUGAUCUCUCGUCUCACCAUGCUUUUGAUCUCCACCUCUCUACGCGCACGCACACACGCACACCAUUUUAUUCGGACGUUUUAGUUCUCCUUUGCUUUUAUUGGCCAUUCGCCGACUAAUAUCGUCUAUGAUAUUAUGAUUCUCACUAUACUAUGGUAUAUACAUCUAUCGUAGCCACCACGUUUUAUCGUGUAUAGAUCACGUGUCAAUAACAUUGUCUAUUUUCUUUGGUUCUCCACGACUUUCCAUCUCUCGCUCACUCUCUCAAAUGCAUAAGAAUCAAUUAUUUUGCGUGUGAUAUUUGUUAGAGCAAACCAUUGAUUUAUAUAUUUUUUCAACAUUUGGAUCUGAUUAUAUCCAAUUAGUUAUUUAGUGUGAGUCGUCUUAUGUGCUCAAGAUGCUAACACCGUCCCACGGAAAAUGGAACUCGCAAGCCCCUGGAUUACACAGGGCGACAUCGAUUGCUCCGUGCCCCGACAGUUCUAUCCUCCCUAUCGAGUGCAGUCACCGGCUUUCGAGUAAUGUUGCCAACUCUCGCUCCCAUAUACUUUUCUUCUACCUUGGAAAUGUCAACUGAUGUGCUUUCUGCAUCAUCGAAUUGUCAUUCGCUCACAGCACAUAUUGUUGGUUUCGUUCACCAGAAUUCAGUUGCGUCAUGCCCCCCAUUUGUUUAUUUUUGGGUUAUUUUCCCAUUUUGUUGCUAUUGGUUGAGCAUUUAUUGUGCCUGUUUUUUUGGACUGAUUCACCUCCGCCUCCACGUAAAUGAAGCUCACAUUCGCAUUGUGUCACCAAUUGUUUAUCUUCGGGCUGUUUCUGCAGCAUUGUGUUACUGCAGUUUCAUUUGAUCAUUUCGUUGCUUUUCGAGUUAUGAAUGAUUUUUAAUUCGACUCAUGCAAUGU